AUGAAUUCAGAGCAAGCCACCUGCCAAUAUUGUCUAAAAACCAUCGAUGGAACUUAUAUUAAAUGCAUGGACUGCUCGGUUAUCUCAUUAUGUCUCACAUGUUUCUGCUUGGGCGUAGAGGCAGGUAAUCACAAGAAAACUCAUGGCUAUCAGAUCAAAACUACAUCCAAAAGUCCUUCAGUCCCGGUAUUCGGAGAUUGGAAUGCUCAAGAAGAACUUCAGCUGUUAGAGGCAUUAGAGCAGUAUGGUGUAGGAAAUUGGGAGGAUGUAGCAUUUAAAGUUGAAACCAAAACUCCGCAAGAAUGCAAACGUCACUACUCUGACUAUUACCUUUCCGGUCUUUGCAAUCUUGCCUUCACCUCAGAUCGUUCCGUUUCACGUGUAAAUGAUCACACCUGUCAUUCCAGUCAACCCUCGCCCACCUAUCCGCAUUCACCAAUGGUGCAUGUGGAGGUUGAAGAUCAACAACUCUUAGGUUAUAUGCCAGCUCGAGGCGAUUUCGAAAGGGAUUAUGACAACGACGCAGAAAGUAUUCUUUGUCGUUUACACCCUAGUUUUUCACAUGACGACUUGGAAGAUGCUCUCAAGGUUGCACAGGUUGGUAUUUAUAUGCAACGUCUCAGAGAACGACAACGUCGCAAAGAGAUAGCAAGGGAGCAUGGAUUGAUUGCUGAAAUUUUGGCGUUCAUACUCAAUAAGCGCCUAAAGAGACGAGUUCCUCUUGCGAAAGAGAUGAUUCCUGUUCGAAAACGUGGUCGUCCUCCUUCACCUCGGCGAGCCAUUCGUGAAAAAACUUCUCACGGUGGUACUGCUUCUAGAAAUGCAUCUAGCAAACGUGUGAUUUCGGACACUGCUAAUUCUUCAUUUGAGUUUCGUUCGUCCUCCCCUCCACCUGGUAGUUGGCUCGCGGCUCCUUUCGUGUUGAAGUCUUCGGGUGCUACCCGUGGGACACCUUUGAUUGCUAGUGGACGCCCUUUGGAAAUACCCUCUCUAUCGUCAUUGUCUCAUCCUCCUCUCUGUAAAACGCAUCCGUUGAUUCCUACCCUUCCAUCAGUGCACGCAGGCAAUUCGAACGGCUGUGAAAACCGGACUGUUUUCCUACUAAACGACAAAUUGAAACCGUUUCUACGCUACUUCACCUGUGUCGAAGGAAAACAAUUCAUGGACAGUCUCUAUCGAGAAGAAUUGCUGAAACACGAAAUCAAAUACUUGUUGGACUGUCGCGCCAAAGGAAAGACAAAGUUAAACAGUACGUUUGUUCCGUCAGUUCGGUAA